CUCCCAUCAACAACGAACGACACCCAUCACCACUAGACCAAGGAUGCGGCUCAGCGUGCGCCGUUUCCAGCCAGAUGCCGUCGUGGCCACGUUCCUCGGCCUGCUCGACAUCAAGCUUGGCUGCGAAAUUAUCAUUCUCUUUGCCUUGAUUAACAAGGUCGCCGGCGUGUACGGCCUGAUCAUGCUCGUCCUCGGAGUAGGCACUCUUUCCCAGUUCCUGUUCUACGCCUACUCUGUGAUCACGCUCAUCGUGUUUGCGUGGGCACUGCGGGCCAUCAAGUCGGAAACGGCGUACCGCGUCCUCCUCGCAGCCCACAUCUACCUCGCCGACCACCUCAUCCAGACGCUCUUCCACUACAUCUUCUACUACCGGUAUUGGUACGAGGUCAAGCACGACGGCAAGCGCGAGCUCAACUCGCAAGCGCAAAAGGACAUUUUCAACCUCGCGCUGAGCCGUAACGAGACCGAGCCGCUUGGCGCACAUUCAGACGCUGCAGCCGCACUCGCCAACAGGGUGUGGGCCGAGGAGAAGGGAUACGCCGUCGGUGUGACGCUGAUCGGGUUCCUCCUCAAGGUCUACUUCAUCGUCGUGCUCUACUCGUACGCGGCGCACCUGCGCAACUCGAGCUACCACUCGCUGCCGCUCACGUCGCGCGCCCAUCGCGCACGGGAAGCGCGGUCGGGCGGUGGGCCGCAGGUCGCGUCGCAGGCCGACGAUAUCGACCUGGAUCUGCACGAUGUUGACGAGCAUGUCGACGCUGCUGCGGCGCCGUCGGCAUCAUCCUCGUCGUCGGCCCCCCGUGCUGGUAACGGCGGGCCUGGGACAAAAGCAGCCGCGGGCAAAGGAAAGGGCGACGACCACGACGACUUUAGCUGGGACUAGAUAAUACCAACCACUUCAUACUGCAUGACCUUGAUGAGAGUGUACGCAUUUGCA